UCAUCGAGUAUCAAAAGGAUGCGCUAAAUCAGUCCCAAAUUGGAGAACACACCACCGCGGGCACAUUGCAAAGUUGUUACGAACGGAUAUUUCUCUCUCUCUCUCUCUCUCUCUCUCAAAGGACCUGGACCUCCAUUUUAAAGCUGCCAGCAUGAUGAAGGAAUGCCUGCAGUUCCUCAUUGAACCGGCCAAAAAGCUCAAGAGCCGAUUGAAGCAGUCCCGCAAGCGAGUGAGGCUGGAAAAAAAAGAGCUGCUGGUGGAGAGUCAAUUAUUCGUCAUGGAGCUGGCCCGAGAACUCAGCAAAAUUUGUCAGAGGUCCACCAUUCUCCAACAUAUAUGGGCCGGUGAGGACGUAUGGCCAGCCAGUUUGUGUCGGGACUUUAUUACGGAGUGGGCGACUGUGCUGGAGAAGAAAGUGCAGCCCACAGUCAGCCUGUCAGACUGCCAGUACCACAGGCCGGAGAAGAUUGACUGGAGAGGUCACCUCCUUUGCAUCCUGGAGGCAGUAGAGGAGUGCGAUAUGGGGCCUCACAAGAGGGUCAUCAUGGAGUGGACGCGGGAAAUUAAAAGCAGGCCUCAGCCCACCGUGUGGCCCGGCGAGCCGGUGCUCAUGAUGCUGGACGACUUGGAGUUUCAGUGGAAGAGGGGUCGUCUGCCCAACCUUCUCCCAGCUGUGGAGCUUGUUAUGCUGGCUGUGCUGAACGCAGACAGCCCUGUCAAGGAGGACAUGACCAGGGAAUGGCUGGUCAGAAAGCAGAGAAACCAGAACAUGGAUGCUGUCCACUACAUACCCCAUGGUGUGUGGAACUGGAUCUUUGAGGCCUCAGAGGACGUGUUGCUGGACCCAGACUCAGCCAACCCAGACCUGCUGAUCUCUACUGAUGAAAAGAGCAUGCGAUGCGGCCUGGAGCGCCGCGACGUCCCGUGUUGCAACGGCCGCUUCGACGCCUGGUGGUGCGCCGCGGGUCAGGAGGGCUUCGCCUCCGGACGCCACUACUGGGAAGUGGAAGUGGGCCAACGGGACUGGCGUCUGGGUGUGGCUAAGGCGUCUGCCGUGAGGCGAGGUUUCCGCUCUCUCAACACAGACACGGGCUACCUGACCCUGCGUCUGGAGAGGGGCAAGGAUGUGAAGGCCUUGACGGUGCCCGCUACCUCGCUGCCUCUGAGCCUGGCGCCCAGGAAAGUGGGUGUGUACCUGGACUAUGAGCAGGGCCAGUUGUCCUUCUAUGACGUCGACAAGCGCUCCCACGUGUACACCUUUAAUGAAAAGUUCACAGAGCAGCUCGUCCCCAUAUUCGGGACUGUGGAGGUGCUCAAGGACCUGGUGAUCAGGCCAGCAGGGGUCAAACAACGGUGCCUCUGUCCUGGGCCAUGCCUCUGGAACUGAACUACACAACAUCACACAGCGUUUCUAGGAGGGGCAGUCAAAAAGUAACGAGCCCAAUUUAAUUCAACCUACUAAUAAUAGAUUUUUACUGCCCAGAAAUGUUCACGGUUUGUAGUUUAAAUACUUGUUUGAAGGUUUAAAUAUUUGUUUAAGCCUGUCCUCUCCAUCCAUCCAUUAAUUUUCUACCGCUUAUCCGAGGUCACGGGGGUAGUAGCUUUAGCAGGGACGCCCAGACUUCCCUCACCCCACCCACUUCAUCCAGCUCUUCCGGGGGGAUCCCGAGGUGUUCCCAGGCCAGCCGAAGGACGUAGUCUCUCCAGCGUGUCCUGGGUCGUCCCCGGGGUCUCCUCCCGGUGGGACCUGCCCGGAAUACCUCACCAGGGUAGCGUCCGGGAGGCAUCCGAAUCAGAUGCCCCAGCCACCUCAUUUGCCUCCUCUUGAUGUGGAGGAGCAGCGGCUCUACUCUGAGAUCCUCCCGGAUGACCGAGCUUCUCACCCUAUCUCUAAGGGAGAGCCCGGACACCCUGCGGAGGAAACUCAUUUCGGCUACUUGUAUCCGGGAUCUUGUUCUUUCGGUCACGACCCACAGCUCGUGACCAUAGGUGAGGGUAGGAAUGUAGAUCGAUCGGUAAAUCGAGUGCGUCGCCUUUCGGCUUAGCUCCUUCUUCAACACAACGGAAUGAUACAAAGUCACUGCAGACGCUGCACCGAUCCGCCUGUCGAUCUCCCGUUCCAUUCUUCUCUCACUCGUGAACAAGACCCCAAGAUACUUGAACUCCUCCACUUGGGGCAGGAUCUCAUCCCCGACCUGGAGAGGGCCAGCCACCCUUUUCCGACUGAGGAUCAUGGUCUCAGAUUUUGAGGUGAUGAUUCUCAUCCCAGCCGCUUCACACUCAGCUGCAAACUGCUCCAGUGAGAGUUGGAGAUCACGGCUUGAUGAAGCCAACAGAACCACAUCAUCUGCAAAAAGCAGAGAUGCAAUACUGAGGCCACCAAACCGGACCCCCUCUACACCUCGGCUGCUCCUUGAAAUCCUGUCCAUAAAAGUUAUGAACAGAAUCGGUGACAAACGGCAGCCGUGGCGGAGUCCAACCCUCACCGGAAACGAGUCCGACUUACUGCUGGAUAUGCGGACCAAACUCUGACUCCGGUCGUACGGGGACCAAACAGCCCGUAUCAGGGUGUUCGGUAUCCCAUACUCAUAGGAGCUUUUUAACCACCUCGGUGACCUCAACCCCAGAGAUAGGAGAGCCCGCCUCAGAGAACCCAGACUCUGCUCCCUCAUAGGAAGGCGUGUCGGUGGAAUUGAGGAGGUCUUCGAAGUAUUCUCCACACCGACACACAACGUGUGUCGGUGUGGAUAAUAAACAACGUGUGUAACAAAAAACAACGUGUGUCGGUGUGGAUAAUAGAUUUUUACUGCCCAGAUUCACAUUCACACUCCGACACUGUGUCGGUGUGGAGUGCCCAACGUGUGCCCAUCCCCUCUAUACACAGUGUUGAUGGUGCACUGCUUCCCCCUCCUAAGACGCCGUCUUUCUCCAUUGCCUCACCAAAGUCCUCCCAUGCCCGUGUUUUUGCUUCAGCGACCACCAAAGCUGCAUUCCGCUUGGCCACCCGCCUGUCCUCUCGCUGUCAGCCAUUUUGGAAAUGACAUAAUUGCUGGAUGCCCAUCAGAAGUAGAGAGCUGUGAUUGAAUGUUUUGCUUUGUAUGGGGAACCACCACUAAACAUUUUCAAAAGGUUGCAAAACAUGUAUGGGCAAGCUGCAAUAGGCUACAGCAUAGUCAAAAAGUGGGUGUCCAAGAUCAAAGGCGUAGAACAAAAGCCUACUUUGAGAGACCUCUUUGGCAAGCAAAGGAGCAGUCGACCAUAUUCGGCAGCAAUCCUGGAAUAGUACUAGGCUCUUGUUGUUAUUUAAAAAAGCAAACAAACAAACAAAAAAACCUACAAACAAGUAUUUCAGCUCCAAACAGUGGAAAUUUCUGAAAAAGAUUUCAAAUAUUAGUAGGUUAAAUUUAAUUGGACUCAUUAAUUUUAAACUCCAUCUCAUAUUAUGAUAUGAGAAAGUGGCUGGUUGUGUAUUUGGUACCGGGGCCUUUACUGCGGAUUUAAGCAACUGAAUCCACCUCUGAAUAUAACCACUACCGCAGUUAUAGAUACCAUCAAAAAUGCAAUACAGUGGAAUGUCCAAGCCCUGCCGUGAAAAGUGACGGUGUGCAAGUAAUUGACGCCCCCCCAAUAAAGGUUUAGAAUUGUCUAAGAAUGCCACAAGAUGGUGGCAAAGCACUGCGUUUGACUAAAUGAAACUCCUCAACUCACUUCAACAUAGUUUCUUGGCACCAAGAAGCCACAAGAUUGUUUGCAAAGCACUAUUUUUUGCUACAUUAAGCUCCUCGAUUCACUUCAUCAUAGUUCUUUGGCACCAAAAUGCCAAAAGAUGGUGGCAAACCUUUGUGUAAAUGAAGCUCCCAAUUCACAUCAAAAUACUUCCUUGGCAUCGAGAUGCCUCAAGAUUGCACCAAAGUAAUACUUUUAUUGCUUUUGAAUGAGCACAAAACCAGCAAAUAGGUGAGUUUUCAGCAAAUAACAGAGGAUAAGUAAACAAACAAAAAAAUUAUGCAAAUAAAUAGGUUAAUUCACCCUCCUAAAAAAGGUUUAUAAUUGCCUAUAGCUGCCACAUGAUGAUGACAAAGCACUACUUUUAUCUAAAUGAGUCGCCUCGUUUUACUUCAUCACAGUUCCAGAGAUGCCACAAAAUGUGCCAAAGUAAUACUUUUAUUUUGCAGAUAGGUGAGUUUUUCCCAAUUGCAAUUAAUGGAGGAUAUGUUCCAAGAAAAACAAAAAAGGUGAAUUUGCUGAAUGACUGAAUGAAUAGAAUGUCGUCGCCUCACACGGAGGCUGAAAUAUGAAAAAAAAAGAUCCCAAUUAACAUCCACAUGUACUGGAAGCAACCAAGAGAAAUGCUACAAAACGAAAAGUACAGACUGUUGGGAAUAUUUAGUCCAAUUUCAUGGAACGAAUGUUAGGUUGCAAAUGUAUGUCGGUGUUUAAACCAGCAGAGAAGAUGCCCCACUGGUAUGAGCAUAUUUUAAGCAUAAAAAAAUCUAAUUCAGUGGAACCACCAAUUUCAAACACAAUGCCACACUGGUUCACUUCCAUAGGAAAUAACGCAAUGUCAAAUAAUUAGUCUGAAACUGUUGCCAUCAUAAAACCUUAAUUAACUUUACAGGAAAUGUUUUAUGUAUAGGGGGUUCUCAGUUUAUGAAAAAGUUAUAUUCCUAUGACGGUGACAUUAAAUGGGAAAUUCUUCGACUUCUGUGGUUCCAUUGCAUCCAAAAUGUAUAUAGAAACACCAAUAGCAUAGAAAGAGCUUCAUUCUCCCCUGGGUUACAUCAUGGAUCACAGAGUGAAAUACAGUAUUUGCCUAGUGUACAGUAUGUUUUCAGCUUGAUUGCUUUUUAUACAGUUUAAAUGUCUGACAGAUUUGUCGUAUUUGUAAAGGGCUUUUUUUGCAGGAUGGAUUUCUUUCUUUUGUUUUGUACAUGGGGGUUGAUAAAAACAUGCUGACUAAAGGCAAAACACAAAAGUGUAAUUGUGCUUUUCCCAAAGCUACUUUGGAAGAAAAAGGGCAAACUAAAGCCGACAACUUGCAUGUUCACAGAAUUUCAUGUAAUAAGUUGAAUUUUGCUUUGCUUGCUACUUUGCUGAAUGAUUUUGCAUCACUGCCAAUGUACCCCCCCACCCUACUACAUCAAUAAAUAAC